GGGGUUCGCUAUGACCCCCAGGUUUUACUCACCUCCUACCUGAGAUGCUUUCCUAUGCCUUUCAGGAAUCAGUUGGCAAGUGAGGCCAACAUCAACAUGCACAACUUCCCUUCGUUUAGCAAGAAGGCCCUAGACCUGGAAGCGAAGAUAGGGCAUGGUCAGACACGCACGACGGAUGGUAGGAAGAAGUCACUGCCUCCUAACUGGAAGGCGAAGGGUCGCAUUACGUUUGUCGAUAACGAUCGAUCAACCAUCGACAACUUCCAGGAGGGAGCAGGUUCAGAGGCUGGCAGCGUAGAGGCUUCAGGGGGUGGAGUAGUCGCUACCGUAGCACAGAAAGGAGGUGAGGUUCCUCCAACUACUUUUGGCCAGGCCACGAUUGUCCUCCUGUACAAGAAGGGGAGUAUUGAGGAAGUCAGGAAAUGGAGGCCCAUUUCUCUUCUAUCGGCGACGUACAAGCUUUAUGCGAAGGUGCUUGCCAAUAGGAUUAUCCUGGUGAACGUCCUCCUGGUUCGUCAAAUCAUGGAAAGAGCUCAGGAUUUCCAGCCCCCGUUAGCUACUCUCUUCUUGGAUUUUGAAAAGGCUUAUGGCAGGGUCAAGUGGCCUUUUCUCUUGCAAGGUAUGAGGUGUAGAGGUUUUGGGGAGGGCUUUGUGAAGGCUAUUCAGGGGGUGCUGGGGAUGGCAGUGGCGAGGGUACAUGUUAAUGGUUUCCUGUCAUCUCCAUUGAGGGUUACACGCUCUGUGCGACAAGGUUGCCCCCUUUCCCCUGCUUUGUACAUCUUGUAUGUGGAACACUUGCAUGAAAUGAUUCGGGGGGAUGACCGAAUUCUGGGUUUCGAGCUACCUGGAGGGGGCCAGGUCAAGUCCAAUGCGUUUGCUGAUGACACCUUUCAGCAUGCGAUGAAUCGGAUCUUUCAUGACUACUUGGACAAGUUUGUCAUCGUGUACCUCGAUGACAUACUUAUUUUUAGUAGGACUGUCGAGGAGCAGGUGGCUCAUUUGGACAAUGUCCUCUGUCUCCUUCGUCGGCACAAGUUCAAGAUAAACGGGGAGAAGUCCAAUCUUCUGCAACGGUUCUGGUGGCCCGCGAUGAUGAGAGAUGCGAAGCUGUACGUGGAAACUUGUCAGGUUUGUCAGAGGGACAAGCCACGUACACAUGCUCCUCUUGGGCUUUUGAAGCCCCUUCCGAUUCCGGAAAGGCCUGGUGAAAGCCUGUCCAUGGACUUCAUGGAUACGCUGGUCACCAGCAAGAGCGGAAUGAGACACAUCUUUGUUAUCGUGGAUAGGUUUAGUAAGUACGCUAGGUUAGUUGCAAUGCCAGAGACAGCGAAGACUGAGCAUGUGAUUAAGUUGUUCAAAGAGAACUGGGUUAGAGAUUUUGGAUUGCCAAAGUCUAUAGUCAGUGGCCGUGAUGUGCGAUUCACAAGUGAACUGUGGAAAGCCACAGCUGCUGAACAGGGAACGCAACUGCAGAUGACAUCAGGAAACCAUCCCGAGGCGAAUGGACAAGCAGAACAGUUGAACCGCGCUGCACAACACCUGCUGAGGCAUUACAUCAAGCCAAAUCAGGUAGACUGGGAUGAGAAACUUGCUCUCAUUGCCAGCCUCGAAGGCCUGACCUGGAGGGCAUGGGACACAAUCACAAAGUUGCCGUACAACGUGCUGAACGAGAGGUUCAGCACGUCCGACAGCAUUGCAGAUUCGCUGGCUGACAUCAUCAGGACCCGCCUAUUGACCUCCAAGACCUCGCUGCAGGACGAGGCAACCCCCAUCGACGUGGACAUGGGAAGGGAAGAUUCCGACAUGGAGGAUGAGGGGGAAGUAGAGAGGGAAGUGGACAACAAGAUCUCCCCUGGGGGAGACGACGCUGGGCCUCCAACGAAGUCGGAGAGCAGCGCUGGGGAGUACGGCCUGAGCUCCUCAGCAGCCAGCGAGGACAGCAGGGACUCCGACACCGACAGCAGCAAGACCCAGGCAGCUGUGGACUGAAUCAACUUACCACACUAGAAAUAUAACUCCACCCCUCAAAUUAAUGAAAUCACAGCACCAAG